AUGUACGGUGGUGGCGGUGGCGGAGGAAGUAUGUAUGGCGGGUCUUCUGGUGGCAGCAGUGGUGGUGGUGGAGGAUAUGGUGGAUCUUCAAGCGGCGGAAGCGGCGGAGGUUACGGUGGAUCCUCUGGUGGUGGAGGCGGCGGAGGAUACGGUGGAUCCUCUGGUGGUGGAGGCAGCGGAGGCGGCGGAGGAUACGGUGGAUCCUCUGGUGGUGGAGGCGGCGGAGGCUACGGUGGAUCCUCUGGCGGUGGAGGCAGCGGAGGCGGCGGAGGAUACGGUGGAUCCUCUGGUGGUGGAGGCAGCGGAGGCGGCGGAGGCUACCGUGGAUCCUCUGGUGGUGGAGGCAGCGGAAGCGGUGGAGGUUACGGUGGUUCCUCUGGUGGUGGAGGCGGCGGAGGAUACGGUGGAUCCUCUGGUGGUGGAGGCAGCGGAGGCGGCGGAGGCUACGGUGGAUCCUCUGGUGGUGGAGGCAGCGGAAGCGGUGGAGGUUACGGUGGAUCCUCUGGUGGUGGAGGCAGCGGAGGCGGCGGAGGCUACCGUGGAUCCUCUGGUGGUGGAGGUGGUGGUGGCUACAGUGCAUCCUCUGGUGGUGGAGGUAGCGGAGGCGGCGGAGGCUACGGUGGAUCCUCUGGUGGUGGAGGCAGCGGUGGCAGUAUGUAUGGUGGAGGCGGCGGUGGCAAUAUGUAUGGAAAGUAAAUAUUUCUACUAUUCCACUGACGUACUCUUCUCUAACUUCCUACCUCUGGUAUUAACAGUGUGGACAUCGUCCUUCAUCAUAUUGUCAUCUACAUGUAUCAGCCAGAUGACGCAACACAUCAUCUCUUCAGUUCAUCAUUCUAUUACAUUAAACUAAUGUGAUGUUAGUUAAUUUACUGCACAUUAUAAUCUAUGUAAUUUACUGUUUCUGUUACAAAAGUUUGUCUUAUUUUUUCUAUAAACGUGUGUACGAUUAUGUUGAGAAGUAAACUGUUAACUGAAA